AGUUGUCAUGAGUGAUUGCGAUAAAUUUCUGGGGGCCGAUGUCCAGGGGUUGAAUCCCUUCGACAGAAUUAAUGAUCGAUUACUCCUAUCGUGGGAGAAUCUGUCAGUGGAGGUUGGAGGGAAGAGAGAUUAUUUUUCGGGAAAAUUUUCAGGUGGACAGGUGGUGCUGAGGGAUGCAAAGGGUUGGACUGAAACUGGCCAGUUGGUCGCAAUCAUGGGCCCCAGUGGAGCUGGGAAAACUACUCUGCUGGCAAGUCUCGCGAGAUUAACCGAACCAGUUGCGGGAUCGAUUCGUCUCAAUGGAGUUGAAUUAUCCAAGGGUGACAUGUCAAAGAUAGCGAGCUUCGUGCCGCAGGUUGAUCCACUGCCUGUCAUGUUGACGACCGGUGAAUACAUAUCCUUCUCGUGCGCCCUGAGACUGGAUGCAUGCAUGUCCGCCAGGGAGAAGAACCUCAUGGCGACGAGAAUAAUUGAAGACCUGGAAUUGGCAGACAGUCGGGACGUUUUAAUAUCGAAAAUCUCUGGUGGCGAACGGAAAAGAGUCUCUAUAGCAGCUGAGAUAAUCACCCAGCCGAGAAUUCUCUUUUUGGAUGAGCCAACGACCGGAUUGGACUCGUCCUCGGCAUUUCGAGUCAUUCAAUCGAUUAAAGUUGCUGCACAUCAUAGCAUCGUCCUGUGCUCUAUCCAUCAGCCAGCAAUCACUCUCUAUGACCUAUUCACUCACGUUAUAUUUUUGACUGAGGGUAGGACAGCAUUUUCUGGAAGCCUCGAUGCAGCAAAAACCUUUUUCCAGAGUGAAGGGUAUAACUGUCCACAUGGCUUCGACGAGGCCGAGUAUUACAUCAGGAUCUUAUCGGCUCGGCAUUCAGAGGAUCUGGGGACUGAUCUCCAUAGGAAUAACGCUGAGAAAAUUUGUGAUGCUUACAGCCGUUCAACUUCCUCUGAUUUUUCUUGGAAAAUUGAAGAAGGACCGCUGGGAUUUCAGAUCGAAAAUAUCCAAAAAUCAUCAAAUUGGUUCGUCCAGUUCCAUUGGCUGACAUGGAGAUAUUACCUUGAGAACAGAAGAACAAUAAUCAACGGAUCAGUUGCAUUCCUCUAUUACGCUGUCUCUAUUGUGCUGGUUGGUGUUUUUUACAUUGGAAUUGACACUGAGAGGCAAUCCGGCGUGAAGGAUGCGAUGGGUAUGCUCUAUAUGACGGGUACAGAGCUCGUGUAUUCAUCCACGUACACCGUAUUGUAUGAGGUGCAGUCGGAGAUUCCAAUUUACCUCAGAGAGAGGAAAUUCUAUAGCCCAUCUGCCUAUUACCUGGCCAUGCUGUUUAGUUGGAUGCCCAAGGUGUUGCUGAAGUCAUUAUUCCUAACGAUUUCAAUUCUCGUUAUUUUCAAAUACAAGGUGAUGACGAUAUCCAUGUUCCUGGAGUAUUUAGCUGCAACGACCGCCUGCGGUGUUUGCGCAUCAGCUUACGGGAUAAUGAUGUCCUGCCAUUUUGCGGAUGUCAAUGUUGCCAGUUCCAUUAUGGCACCCAUCGAUCUACUUGCUCUACUCAUGGCUGGAGUGUUCUAUAAUCUGAGAAAUUCAUCAGGAAUCGCUAGUUGGCUCAAGUAUUUAUCUAUAUUUCAUUAUUCCCACGAGCUGAUGGCAGUCAUUCACUGGUCCAGGAUAAAAAGGAUCCAGUGCGAUGUUGAACAUUUGCCCUGUUCUAAAACUGGGUCAGAGGUUCUAGCUGAAUAUGGGUACAGCCAGGGGGAUUUGGGCUUCACUGUAGGGGGUUUAUUUAUCCUGACAGGGGCCACCCUUUUCAUGGGGUUCUUGGGGGUAAUGAGAAGGAGAACAAUUAAAUCGUUGUACUGAGGGAUUUUCAAUCAGAUUUUUCUACUGAAGGUGCAAAUACAUUUUUAAUCGAUCAUUAACGAGUGGAAAAUUCGAGCAAUUAUAUCAACGGUAUAAAUAAUAUAAAACACGUCAUUCAAUUUAUUAAUUUAAUUUCCAGAAAUAAACAUAUGCAUGCAACAACGAACAAAUUAUAGAAUAAAAUAACAUAAGAUAAUUAAAUUUCGAGGAAUGGCGCAAUUAAGGCAGUGAAA